AUGCAUGCAUCAUAUAUAUCUAUGUUGCUUGCUUUAAUUAUAUUAUUUGCAAGUACAUCAUCAGCUUAUCGGAUUCGUUCAUAUUUAAAUGAACAGCAAGAAGAAUACUUUCCAUCAGAUGCUGUGAAAGAGACCAUUCCAUUAGAAGAGAAUAUCAUUCUGGUAAAAUACUUUUUGAUGCCACUGCAUCGAGCCCGUGAUGAAAGAAUGCGCCGUGGUUGGGGAAGUGGAUGA